CCUCACUCUGCUCCUGUUCCCUCUUUGGGUAAUAUGACUGCAAAACUCGAGACAGAAAUGUGAUAAUGCAUAGAGACACUCCUGCCAUCAGGUUUGCAGAGGAAGAGAUUGAGAACCUAUCUAGAAUUGAUAGGUUUACACUUGUGGGAAAAUUUUCUCAUGGACAACCUAAACUGGAAGUUAUCAGGAAGCACUUUGCAACUCAUUAUGUCUUAAAGGGUCAAGUUACAAUUGGAUGGAGGGGUCCUCGACAGGUGGAACUGCAAGCUGUUGAUCAACAUGGAGUACAAUUUCAUGUCCUACCUAUACCCCACCCACCAGAACAAUUGAAGAGUGGUGAAAACACCUCAGCAAAUACUAUUCCAUCUAACAAAAGUGCUCUGUUGGAGGAACUUGACCCUGGUCCAAAAACUAUAGAGGAAGAUACUGAGGAGAUGUGGUCUGAUGAAGGGGAGCAGAUGCUGCUUGUUCAACUACUGGAAGACACCUUGGUUUUCCUCAUCACAUUGUUGGUUGUCAAGGGAAGAUAUGGAUUUUCUGGAAGGACACAUACCAGCUUAGUAUCAUUGCUAAUGAAGAACAGGAAAAAGCACUACCAUUGGAGCUCAUGGGAGCAUAUGAGCUUUCCUGUUAAAGAAGGAGGUUUGGGCUUUACAAGAAUGCAGACCAUGGUGGAUGCUUUCAGUGCCAAGUUGUGGUGGAAUUUUAGAACCUCUGUCACCUUAUGGACUCAAUUCAUGAAAGCCAAAUAUUGUCAAAGAGUUCACCCUGUUGCUAAGGUGUGGCAACCUGGUGAGUCCCACAUAUGGAAGAGGAUGGUCUUCAUUCGAAACCUUAUUGAACCCUACAUAUUUUGGAAGAUAUAUGAUGGAUCCUUGAGCUUCUGGUGGGAUAACUGGAUAGGUCUGGGAGCUUUAGCUCGUAUUACCAACCAGGAGAAUGGGAAAUUUCUUCUUGCUCCUUUCAAAGAGUAUGUGGUGAAUAAUACUUUGAAUUUUGGUCGAUUACAAAACCUCGUGGAUCCAGGUUUCUUUUUCCACUUUAAUGUGGAUCUGUCAGGGUUGGGGACUAACAAACCUGAUAAAGCCAUUUGGAAGCCUAGGUCUAAUGGCCUCUUUACACUCAAGGCUGCUAAACAUUUCCUGGGGUGCAAUGACUUUGAGGAACUGGUAGAGCUUCUUAACCUUGAUGUUCCUCUAAUUGCUAUGAACAACUUUAGCAGGGCUAAGGAGAAGUUGGAUAUUAUAGGUGCGCUUAUAAUAUCUUUUCCUAGUCUUGCCUUGCAUGUUGAGAUGGUUCCAGUUGAACGUGAAGAAAAAGAAGAAGAAGAGCAAAUACAAGAAGUCCAAGAAGAACUUUUGGGAUUGCAAUCAGCAAUUGACCCCUUCAUUCCCCUGAUUAAUGACAUCCAUGAUGACUUCUUCAAUUCUAUGAUUGUUGCUGAUCAAGAAUCUGGGCGCGAUCAUGAAGGUAUUGCAUUUCAGAAAAAUGCAGGGAGGUGUGAUCAAGAUCCACAAUUUGUUGAGUCUAAUGCCACUCCUGGAACAACAAACAUGGGUAAUGAAACAACUGCGAAGAGCCCAACAACUACUCAAACUGUGGAUGAAGAGGAUUAUAUGGGUGAAGGUAUUGUAUUUCAGAAAAAUGCAGGGAGGUGUGAUCAAGAUCCACAAUUUGUUGAGUCUAAUGCCACUCCUGGAACAACAAACAUGGGUAAUGAAACAACUGCGAAGAGCCCAACAACUACUCAAACUGUGGAUGAAGAGGAUUAUAUGGGUGAUGAUAAUGAUGAGUUAAAUGUGGACAAGUCCUUCAUUCGGAGGGAUUAUCCUUCUUUUGAUACGUCUUUUGGUAAUGAGGUAGACAUGACAUUGGAUGGUAGCUUUGAAGAUGGAUCGGAUUUGGCCAUCAGACUUGAGUUUUCUGACAAAAGAGAGUUGAAGAAGAAGAUGACUGAUGUUUCCAUACAAGGACAUUUUGAAACAAAGACUGUGAAGAGCGACACGAAGAGAGACUUGGUGUUCAUUUUGGACAAACACAUUAACAUUCGAAAUGAGAUAAGAAAGCACUAUUCGGCAGCCGAUCAUGGAGUGUGUAGGCAUCACAUCACUUAUAAUUUGAGGAAGCAUUUUCCAAAGAUGUGCAAACAGGGGAUGGAUAAACCUUUUGAGGACCUUGCAAGUGCAUACACCAAACGGGCAUUCAAGAUGUUGUAUGGCGAGUUGAAAGCAAGGUACCCAACUGCGGGCAAUUACAUAUACCAAAUUGCAAAGAAAAAAUGGGCCAUGGUGUAUUUUGAAAUACCUCGGUACCAAAUCAUGACGACAAAGGACACCGAAUCAAUCAAUAGCGUGUUGAGGGAUGACAUGGAACUUCCUAUUGUUGCACUUUUAAAAGCAGUCCAGAAUAUGACUUCAAGAAUGAGUCAAGAAUCCGCCCACGGACAAGGCAACAAUGAACACGUCAGUGUUCAUACUGAAGCAUCUAGUUUCACCCCUCCCGUCCAAAAUGAACCCGUCAAUCAACAAAAUGUUGGGAAUAACCCAAACGCUGGUGGUCAACCCGACCUUGUGAUUCCAACUUUUCUAGCUAAUGUGUUGCAACAAAUAGCCAACGCGCCAAUGUUUCAACCACCUCCACCACCGCCACCUCGAGUGAUAACCUACAAAACGCUAAGAGAUAACGAUGCAGAUUUAUUCCUUGGGGAUCGCAUCGGUGAACCCCAGAUUGCGUGGGACUGGAUCGAGCAGACUGCCCGAGUGUUGGAAGAUCUCAAUGUACCCAUGGACAAUUAUCCCAGACUGGCUUCUCAAUUGCUUCGAAAGGAAGCCUACGAGUGGUGGAAGAGGACCGAUGAGAGUAUAGGAACCCCUAAGCCAUGGACAUGGGCACAUUUCGAAUGGGCAUUCAAGCAAGAAUAUAUUCCAAAAUGUUUUAGCGAAGAAAGACGUAAAGAAUUUGUUGAAUUGCAACAGGGAAACAUGACACUCCCCGAGUAUCGACAGAAGUUUACCAGACUUGCUAAGUUUGCACCAACCUUGGUGAGUACCCCAACCGAUCGCAUCGAGGAAUUCAAGAAGAAACUUCGACCUGACCUCAGGUCGCGUGUGUCCGUACUAACCAUCGUGGAUUUCGCAGAGGCCUACGAUCUCAUAGCCAGGGCAGACAGCGACUUGAGUGCUUGCAUUGAGUAUCUGAAGACAAAUAAUGUCAGUUCAAACACUCACCGUCCCAUCAGCUCUGUCUCAAAAGGAAAAAGGCCCCUUCAGGAAUCUAGCAAUUCACACUUAUCAAAGAAAGGGAAAUCGGUGCAGACGCACUCUGUGGCGUCGGAAAACAAAUCAAGAGGGUGGAAACACCCAUUGUGCGAUACAUGUGGGAGACAUCAUCCAGGCGAGUGUUGGCUUGCCCAAGGAUUAUGUCUAGGUUGCGGCAAACCUGGACAUUUUCGAAGGGAUUGCCCCACUAAUCCUGGCAAACCAUUUCCGACAGCCCCAGUUGUCAGUCAAUUAGCAUCAGCACGACCUGCGCCAAGUCAACGAUCAACGGCGGGAUCUAAUCCGACCAAGAACCAGAGUCAGCAACAGGGACGAGCUCCUGCUCGUACUUAUGCAAUGAAGCCACGAGCUGAGGAAAACCCUGACGUCAUUCAGGGUAUGUUUUCCUUAUUUGAUUCUGUCAUGCAUGUGUUGAUAGACCCUGGAUCAACGUUAUCUUAUAUAUGCGUGCCUAUGCCUGACAAGGCUGACAUAAUGAAAGAAAACUUAGAACAACCUAUACUAGUGUCUAACCCGUUAGGACAUAGUAUGAGGUUAAAUCAUGUGUAUCAAGACUGUCCAUUGAUUGUUGAAGGACAUCAGUUCUCUGCCAAUCUUGUCGAAUUACCGUACAAAGAAUUUGACAUUAUCCUCGGAAUGGAUUGGCUCACCGAACACCAAGCAAUUAUCGAUUGCCAACGACGAACGAUUCAACUAAAGUCUGGAGAGGGAAAGUCUAUAAAGGUAGGUAGAAUGAAUGAUUGGCUGAUUCCUGGAAGCAGAAGGGGCGAGACAGUUGUGGUGGAUCAUUGAACCAAAUAAAUAAUUAUGUUGUUAUGAGACAUGUUUAAAAGUCGCUUCCGCAUUAUUAUUAAACACUCCGUAUUUUCUACAAUUAUGUAUGGAAUAUUAUUUAUAAAUAAAAAUGUUUGAAAUGUUUUAAAUUAUCACGAUUACCAAAUCAAUACUUUAGUCCGAA